AUGGCGACUGCAGUAAACCUGAGGGGGAAAAGACCAGCGAGGCAGCCAAAGGGAUGGCCUCUAGGCCUCCCUGGUGGCUGGCAGGGGCUGCCUUUGGCAGUCUUGUGUUCCUCACCCACUGGAUUUUUGGAGAAGUCUCUCUUGUUUCCAGAUGGGCAGUGAGUGGGCAUCCCCAUCGAGGGCCAGAUCCUAACCCAUUUGGAGGUGCAAUUCUGCUGGCCUUGGUGAGCGGGUUGAUGCUUUCGACUUGUUCAUGGUUCCCGGGUACCAGUUUACUCUGGUGGGUGACAGGGGCGGCUUCGGCAGCUGGUCUCCUGUACUUGCCCACGUGGGCAGCCGCUGCUUCUGGCUGCGUACUCGCCCUCUUCACAGCGUCCAUGUGGCCUCAAGUGCUUGGACACCUUAUCAGCGCAGGGUCAAACCCUGGGAAACCCAUGGCCAUUGCCAUGAUAGUUUAUCUUGUAGAUACAUUUUUCUGUGCAUGGUGCACAGCUUUUAAAUUUGUCCCAGGAGGUGUCUACGCUAGAGAAAGAUCAGAUGUGCUUUUGGGGACAGUGAUGCUAAUUAUUGGGCUGAAUAUGCUAUUUGGUCCUAAGAAAAGUAUUGACUUUCUUCUUCAAACAAAAAACAACCCAAAUGUGCUUUUCAGAAGGAGUGAAAAAUAUAUGAAACUUUUUUUGUGGCUGCUCGUUGGUGUGGGGUUAUUAGGAUUAGGACUACGGCAUAAAAGCUAUGAAAGGAAAUUGGGCAAAAGGGCACCAACCACGGAAGUCUCUGCCGCCAUCUGGCCUUUCAGGUUUGGCUACGACAAUGAAGGGUGGUCUAGUCUAGAAAGAUCAGCUCAGCUGCUUAAUGAAACAGGUGCAGAUUUCAUAACAAUUUUGGAGAGUGAUGCUUCUAAGCCCUUCAUUGGGAACAAUGACUUAACCAUGUGGUUAGGGGAGAAGCUGGGUUUCUAUACUGACUUUGGUCCAAGCACAAGGGAUCACACUUGGGGGAUUAUGGUUUUGUCAAGAUAUCCCAUUGUGAAAUCGGAGCAUCACCUUCUCCCGUCGCCAGAGGGCGAGAUUGCACCAGCCAUAGCUCUGACCGUGAACGUCUCCGACAAACUGGUGGACUUCGUUGUGACGCACUUUGGGAAUCACGAAGAUGACCUCGACAGGAAACUUCAGGCUAUUGCUAUUUCAAAACUCCUGAAAAGUAGCUCUAAUCAGGUGGUAUUUCUGGGUUAUAUCACCUCGGCACCUGGUUCCAGAGAUUACCGACAGCUCAUUGAACAUGGCAAUGUGAAGGAUAUUGACAGCACGGAUCAAGACAGAUGGUGUGAAUACAUUAUGUAUCGAGGACUGAUCAGAUUGGGUUAUGCAAGAAUUUCUCAUGCUGAACUGAGCGACUCUGAAAUUCAGAUGGCCAAGUUUAGGAUCCCUGAUGACCCCAUAAAUUAUAGAGACAACCACAAAGUGGUCACAGACCACAGGGAAGUUCCCAAGAAAAUUCAUUUCAACCCCAGAUUUGGAUCCUAUAAAGAAGGACACAAUUAUGAGAACAACCAUCAUUUUCAUAUGAGUACACCGAAAUACUUUUUAUGAACUAUUUAAAACAAGAAUUCACCGACUGAGCAAGUCUAAGGAAAACAAAAAUAAAUAAAUAAAAAGAAAAAAAUAGAUGAAAGUGGGAAACGACAUACAUAAAAACCCUCAAUUUUGAAAAUGUAUGGUAUCUAUACAGUGGGAAAUUCUAUCAAUUUAUAAAGUAUAUUGCUUAAUAAAAGUAUUUCUCCAAAU